AUGGAACCGACAGCCGCUGACGCCAUCCAACAGCUGGCCAGCGUGCUGCGGAGAGUGCUCCCCGCGUUGCAGGAAUCCACUGCAUCUCAGCCAUUUCCUCAGCCUCCUCCACCCAACCCGGAAGUGGUGUGCCCCGCCGGCCCGAUGGCCAUGCCCUCCACCUACUCCGGUUCGGCAGAAGAUUGCAGUGGCUUCCUGCUCCAAUGCUCUCUCGCGAUGGAAAUGCAACCCCACCGCUUUCCCACAGACAGAGCCAAGAUCGCUUAUAUCAUCUCUCUUUUGACUGGGAAAACACUCCACUGGGCUGACUCCCUCUGGCAGCAGAACGGCUCGGUUCUCCAGUCUGUUGACGCUUUCCUCGCUUACUUUAGAGAGGUCUUCGGCAAUCCCUCCGGGAAAACAAGUGCAGGGGAGCAACUAUACCACUUAAAGCAAGCUGCUGCCAGUGGGUGGGAAGAGCGCGCCCUGCUGACCACCUACCGCCAGGGACUCGAACCAGGGGUACGUCUACAACUGGCCACCAUAGAUGACUCUAUCAGGCUGGAAUCGUUCAUCCAGACAGCCUUUCAAGUCGCUGAGCGAAGGAAGUGCUGCCUGGCGGACCCGGGGAUUCCACCCUCACCAAACUUCCAUCGCACUUCUGAGGUCUCCUCCUCCUCUCUAGACCCAGACUCAGAGCCCAUGCUGGUGGAACAUUCGAGGCUGUCACGCACUGACAGACAGCACCGGCUGACCCAGCGUCUUUGCCUCUACUGCGGCCAACCGGGACAUGCACUGCCUGCAUGUCCCUCAUACCCAGUACGCCCUGCGGUGAGUGCAAUUUCCUAUCCUCCUAAUAAAUCAAAACCACUCACCACUCCCGUAGAACUGAUAUGCAGUGUUUCUCCAAUUACAGUUCAUGCGCUUCUUGACUCUGGAUCAGCCGGCAACUUCAUCUCCGCCGACCUCUGCCAUCAGCUGAGCCUUAAGAAGAGCCCUAACCCUGUCCAUUACCACAUCCACUCCAUUACUGGAAGCCCCCUAGGAUGGGGGACUGUGCGCUACUUUGUGGGGCCAGUUCACCUGAGGAUCAGCUGCCUGCACGCUGAGAACAUCCACUUCCUGGUUCUAGAGAGGUCCACAUUGGAGAUUAUCCUCGGACCCCCCUGGCUUAUGGAGCACUCUCCUACCAUUUCCUGGGCCACUGAAGACCCAAAGCAUUUCUAUAAAUAUCUGAAGAGAGCAAAGGGAGAAUAUUGCCAUAUUUUGGAAAACCCAGAAAGUCCUCUGCUGUACAAAGAUGGAGAUGUGAUAAUUGGAGCUAUUUUUGCAUUACAUGAUGGUACACAGAUGCAGCUGCUGACAUAUACUGAAAAACCUCAACCUUUAAUCUGCAUUAGUGACCUCAGUGAAUUACGCCUUGCUCAAACUAUGAUUUUUGCAAUUGAUGAAAUCAACAGAAGCAAAAUCUUGCUCCCAAAUAUCACAAUUGGUUACAAGAUUUAUGACAACUGUCUCUCAAGCUUGUUAUCUAUGAAGGCAGCCAUGGCUCUGAUGAAUGGUCAGGACAUGACAGCAGAUGAUGCCUGCUCUGGACAAGCAGUAGUACAAGCCAUCAUAGGAGAGUCGGAGUCUACUCGUACUAUAGCACUCACACAAACUACAGGACCAUUUCAGAUCCCAGUGAUAAGUCAUGCUGCUACAUGUGAAUGUCUGAGCAACAAGAAAGGGUACCCAUCUUUCUUCAGGACCAUAGCAAGUGACUAUUACCAGAGUAGAGCGCUGGCAUAUUUGGUCAAGCACUUUGGCUGGACUUGGGUGGGAGCUGUACACAGUGAUAAUGACUAUGGAAACAAUGGAAUGGCCAUUUUUCUGAAUGCAGCCAAAGAGGAAGGAAUAUGUGUUGAGUAUUCUGAAAAGGUUGACAGGUCAGAUCCUGAGAAAAUCAGGAAAGUGACUGAUAUUAUUAAGAAAGGCACAGCCAAAGUAAUUAUCAUUUUUCUUGCCCAUUUUGAUAUGAACAUUCUAAUAGAUCACUUAAUUCUAAACAAUGUCACUGGCUACCAGAUGAUUGGUGUCGAGGCAUGGAUUUCUGCUGUUGAUCUAGUCACACCAGCAAGUUACAACAUAUUGACUGGAUCCAUUGGAUUUGAUGUGGGAAAACUAAAAAUUGAUGGUUUUGCUGAAUAUGCUGUCAAUGGAUUUUGGCAUGAAGAUUUCCCUUGCUUUCAAACAGAGGGAAAGCUUUCUCAUACUGAAAUCGAAUGCAGCAAAUAUGUAGACCUUGUUAAAUUUAAAAACUACAGUAAAGAUAUAUCAGAACUGAGAUAUGCAAAUAACAUCUACAAUGCGGUUUAUGCUGUGGCACAUUCCCUACACAGCCUGUUGAGAUGCACAGAAACGAGUUGUGAUAAAAACAAAACAAUACAAUCAUGGCAGGUUGUUGAGUCUCUAAAAACCGUAAAUUUUACCACUAAAAUAGGAGACCAUAUUUUGUUCGACAGCACUGGGGCAACGGCUGCAAAAUAUGAUGUGGUGAACUGGCAACAAGGGUUCAAUGGAGAAGUGGAGUUUAAGGUUGUGGGCUAUUAUGAUGCCUCCCUGCCAGCUGGGCAACAAUUUGUACUUAAUUCUGAAGACAUAGUCUGGGCUGGAGAAAAAAGAAAGCCAAGGUCUGUGUGCAGUGAGAGCUGUCCUCCAGGAACCAGGAAAGCUGCACAGAAAGGAAGGCCUGUCUGCUGCUAUGACUGUUUACCAUGUGCAGAUGGAGAGAUCAGUAACCAGACAGAUUCAAAUAACUGUGAGCAGUGUCCAGGAGAAUAUUGGUCUAAUGCUGAGCGAGAUAAAUGUGUUUUAAAGGUUAUUGAGUUUCUUUUAUUUACAGAGGAUAUGGGGAUAAUGCUGGUGUUUUUUUCCUUGUUUGGGGCUACAUUAACUGUGUUGGUAACUAUUUUAUUUCUAAUAGAAAAGGACACUCCCAUUGUUAAAGCCAACAACUCUGAGCUGAGCUUCCUGCUGCUCUUCUCUCUGACUCUGUGUUUCCUCUGUUCACUGACUUUCAUUGGAAGACCAUCUGAGUGGUCUUGUAUGCUGCGCCACACAGCGUUUGGGAUCACAUUUGUCCUCUGUAUCUCCUGUGUACUGGGGAAAACAGUAGUGGUGUUAAUGGCCUUCAGGGCUACACUCCCAGGCAGUAAUGUCAUGAAAUGGUUUGGGCCUCUACAGCAGAGACUCAGUGUACUUACCUUCACUCUCAUACAGGUUCUUAUCUGUGUGCUUUGGUUAACAGUUUCUCCUCCUUUCCCAUACAAAAACAUGAACUACUACAAGGAAAAGAUCAUAUUAGAAUGUAGUUUGGGCUCAGCUCUCGGUUUCUGGGCUGUUUUGGGGUAUAUAGGAGUUCUUGCAUUCUUGUGCUUUGUUUUAGCUUUUCUAGCUAGGAAGCUGCCUGAUAAUUUUAAUGAAGCUAAAUUCAUCACUUUUAGCAUGCUUAUAUUCUGUGCAGUUUGGAUCACUUUUAUUCCAGCUUAUGUCAGCUCUCCUGGAAAAUUCACUGUAGCUGUGGAGAUAUUUGCUAUUCUGGCCUCCAGUUUUGCUCUACUAUUCAGUAUAUUUACUCCUAAAUGUUAUAUUAUUCUGUUUAAACCUGAACUAAACACAAAGAAAAAUAUGAUGGGGAAAAUGGCAUCUAAAUCCUUUUAA